AUGGCUCUGGUGGGAGUUUGGGUGGUGACAUUGGGUGGAGGCGAGGAUAAUCCCCCUACUAUCACAGUGCCUGUUUCGUCUACUCCAGAACAGACUACCCCAGUUCCUACACCCGCGGAGGGUGCCACAAUCCCUCCCGCCGAUAUACCUGUUCCACCUCCAGCCCCAGCUCCAGGUCCCGGUAUUUCUGAUGGGGAUCUUAGGGGAGCUACUCAAAUGCUAACUCAGUUAGUAGCUUCUCAGGCCCAGAGGACAAAUGUUGCACCCACCUUAUUUAGCUUGCAAGAGGAUUCUUCUAGUUCCAGGGGUAGUAGGAAUGUGUGGGAGUAUCACAUGGAGUUCGUGCGCCUGUCGAAGUAUGCUGUUCAUAUGAUGCCGACUAUGGAGACAAGAGUUCGUCGAUUUGUGCAGGGCCUUAGCCCUUUGGUUAUUAAUGAGGCUACCGCAGCUGCUCUAAAUUCUGACAUGAACUAUGGAAGGAUGGUGGCAUUUGCCCAAGCAACGGAGGCUCGAAAGUUAAAGCUCAAGAUGGAACGUGCCCCGCCAUCAGGGCACGGUCAGCAGCAGGGGAGUCGCUUUAGGCCCGGUCAGGGGAGCAGGGGUUCCCACCAUCAGGGCCGAUCAGGAGGGAGAUUCGAGAAGCAGCAGAGGGCCCCAUGCCCUAAGUGUGGGAGGAUACAUUCGGGAGUCUGCUACCUAGACAUGCCAGUAUGUUACAGAUAUGGAAUGAGAGGCCAUAUUCAGAGGGAGUGUCGUGCAUCCCGUCAGGGUGCAGGGAGGGGCACAGCUUAG